ACUGAAAAAGCAACCUUUACAUGGCAAAACUUGUUUAUCUGAGCUUUAAAGAAAGUCAACAAAGAGAUAUUUAAUAAACCAAGCGAUGGUGUUUGCAUGCUCUCUGGUAAUUACGCGCGUUUUCCUUCAACCAGCUGCAGAAAUGUUUAACAACAAUUAUCAGCUGUGAAAUUUAGCUUUCCUCAGUAGCUAUGCGGGCUUUAAACUAUGUUCAGCGUGUGAGUUUGGACUUUACAGGAACUCUGUUUCCACAUGCGAUCUGUCUGGGAGACGCAGACAACGACUCUUUGAACGAGCUGGUUGUGGGAGACACGAGUGGAAAGCUGCUGGUGUACAAAAAUGAUGAGUCCAAACCGUGGAUCACGAGAACCUGCGUGGGCAUGCUGACCUGCGUUGCCGUCGGAGAUGUCUGCAACAAAGGAAAGAACUUUGUGGUCGCUGUGGGUGCAGAGGGCUGGUUUCACCUCUUCGACCUGACAGCUGCCACUGCAAAUAAAUCCGACUCGUCGAGCCAGCACGAGUUCAUCUCCUCCUCCGACGACCAGAAGCCGCUCUUCACUCAGCACAUACCUGCCAACACCAAAGUCAUCCUCAUCAGUGACAUCGACGGUGACGGCCGCAGUGAGCUGGUGGUGGGUUAUACAGACCGGGUGGUGCGAGCUUUCCGCUGGGAGGAGCCGUCUGAGAGCUCAGACCUGGGAUCAGGGCAGCUGGUCCUGCUGAAGAAAUGGCUUCUAGAGGGGCAGGUAGACAGUUUGUCAGUGAAUCCGGGUCCUGAGGGUUUACCAGAGCUGAUGGUUUCUCAGCCGGGCUGCGGCUAUGCAAUCCUGCUCUGCUCCUGGACCCAACAGGACUCCAGCGACUCAGGAGAGGAGGCCCCUGCUACCCCUGGGAGUGAGGGACCUUCCAGAGAUGUAGUUCUCCAUCUGACCACCGGGCGGAUCCACAAUAAGAACGUGUCCACUCAUCUCAUCGGCAGCAUCAGCAAAGGCUCUAAAGAAGAAUCUUCUAAAUGUGGCCUGUUCGCUCUCUGCACUUUAGACGGUACCCUGAAGUUGAUGGACAGCUCGGAGCAGCUGCUGUGGUCCGUCCAGGUGGAUCAUCAGCUCUUUGCACUUCAGAAGCUCGACGUCACUGGAGAUGGCAGGGAGGAGGUGGUGGCGUGCGCCUGGGACGGUCAAACGUACAUCAUCGACCACAACCGGACGGUCGUGAGGUUCCAGUUCGACGAGAACGUCAACGCCUUCUGUGCGGGUCAGUAUACGUGUAAGGAGGGUAAGAACAGCCCCUGCCUGGUGUAUGUGAGCUUCAACCACAAAAUCUACGUCUACUGGAAGGUGGAGCUGGAGCACAUGGAGUCCACCAACCUGUUCAGGGUCCUGGAGGAGAGACCAGAGUUUAGGAGCCGCCUGAAGGCGCUGGGAGUCGACGGCGAGGACCCAGCGGCAGUCAGAGCACUGGUGUCAGAUCUCCUCUACGCGGACUCAAAAGCCUUAACACAGUGACACACAUCCACACUGUGCUGGCCCUGUUACCUCCCUGUGACUGUAAAUACUCUGUUAAUAAACUCUGAAUGUCUGA